GUCACGUCUACAGUACUGAGACGUGGCAGAGGAUUUUGCUGUAGGUGGAGGAUUUGGUAGUGUCUGUCAACCGUUGCUUGUUUGGGCUGUGCUAUAUAUUUUUUUUGCUUGUCUACUUCACUGGGAAACUUCUUACUGUACAGAAGUCAUGGCCGAUCCUACCUUAUUUCAUAAUCACGCUGACAGUUUGGAUAAUCGCAGUAAAGGUAGUGGGAAACUAGAUUAUCAGGGCGGCUCGAUGCAGCCUGGAGUGGGCAAACAGGCUCCCCUUUGGGAGGAGCGGUGUGACAGCGGCAUCGGCUCAAUGAAUGAGAAGGACGUGGAGGUUCUGCGGGAGAUCCAAGAACUGAGCCUGGACGACAAACCAGAGCCAGCCCAGUGUUGGAAAGAAUUCAUCUCGGAGGAUGGAGAUACAUUUCUGCAUUUGGCGAUCAUCCAUGCAGCCAGUGAAAUCGUAUCCCAAAUCCUCGCCAAUACCGAGUUUGGAGAUCAGUACCUUCACCGUCAGAAUAACCUGAAACAGACUCCCUUGCAUCUGGCAGUGAUCACACAGCAGCCUGAUGUGCUGCGUGCUUUGUUGUGGGUUGGAGGAGAUCUGGGACUGAGGGACAUCAAUGGGAAUUCAGCUUUACACAUCGCUUGUGAGAUGAACUUGUUCGUGUGCGUGAAGACCAUCAGCGAUUUCCUCACGAGGCACCAUACCAGAGAACUUUUGGACAGCAAGAAUUACAAUGGUCUUACAUGUUUGCAGCUGGCUGUCAAAAACAGACUUCACAAGAUGGUAGUCUAUCUAAUUCAGAUUGGAGCUGAUAUUAAUGCUCAGGAGCCAUCAAGUGGUCGGACAGCCCUCCAUCUUGCAGUGGAGGAGCAGGAUGCUGAAAUGGUGUCUCUGUUGCUGCAGUGUGGAGCAGACCCCAAUGUGCUCACCUACAAUGGCUGUACACCAUAUCACCUGACCUUGGGAAGAGACAACUGCAAAAUACAGACAGAACUUAUUCGUGUGACAGAUCCAUCUUUAUGCAUGAUGUGGGAUGAAGAAAAGCUAUGGGAAUCUGAAACACCUGACCAUGAGGUAUCUUUCUCUUAUGAUGACUGUGCAAUUGGAGGACUCCGACUCAGAUGUUGAAGUUGCUUUUUUUGUGCAUUGCUGGAUUUCAAAUCAUCUGAAAAGAACUGGAGAUGCAUAUUAGUGUGGUUACCCAAUAAUUUGGUUUAAUGAAAAACUUCAGUGACGUACACUAAGAUUUCUAAGUCACAGUUGGGUGCUGAUGUCUGAUGUUCUAAAUGUGUAAUGUAAAUAAGCCUUUCAGAUGCAGAGAAUGCAGUGCUACAAGUCUUAGAUGUAAAUUAUAUACUAUGGUGUAAAUGAUUGCUUGUAUGCACUGUUUUCAAUUAUUGUAACUGGUUGAAAAAAACUGUAAAAUUUUCAACACUGAGAUAUUGUGCAUAUUUGUAUUUUGUAAAAAUUUGUAAAUAUGUAAAAUAGUGUAAUUAUUGUACAGAUUUUUCUAUCCUUAAACAAGACGAUGUUUGUACAUGCCUCAAAUAUUUAUUUUUUGUCAAAUAAAGAUUAUGGACUUAAAA